AUGGCGGCGACGGCGUUCGGGGACGUGAAGGAUCGUAUUUUUGAAACUACGGACGAGCGGAGGGCGAAGAUCAAGCUCGCGCUGCAGUCGCUGCACGCGCGAAGACGACAGCUCAGACGCGCGGGGGGGCACGAGGCGCGAGAGCGCGCGGAGGACGCGGAUGAGGGGGAGAGACGGGCGCAAACGCGGAAGCAGCGCGAGGCGGAAAAUUUGGCGGUGGAAAGAGAGGUGAUGCGGUACAAGGAGUUGGCGAGGAAGACGUUCGCGGCGGGGAUUGGGGCGCAGUUACCCGUGGUGCAAAAGUUGCUGGCGUCGUUUUACGUGCCUCUGGUGGAGGCGCUGACGGAAGAACAAGAGAAGAUACGGGGCAACGUGCCGGGCGUCGACAGACGCGUGUACGGGCACUACUUGGGCUUGCUCGAACCGGAUAAACUCGCGGUGUUGACGCUUCACGCGACGCUCAGCACGCUGAUGAAGGGUGACGGUAGGAAUAAUGGCGCCGCGAAGUUUAUCAGCGUCGCCGACCAAGUUGGAAGCGCGGUGCAAGCUGAGGUGAACUUGGAGCGCAUGCGGUCGGCGGAAAAGGCGGCCAAGGAGGCAUUUAGACGAUCUAGACUAGUGAACACCGAAGGCAACGUCAAGGAAAUAGACGACGCGGCGGAGCAUAGGAUUAAUUUGGCGUUGGAUACGUCAAAGAUGAACACCAUCAAGUCGGUGUCCAAGCACGCUCGGCAAGCGCUCGAGAACGCGGAGUGGGGUCGUGAGAUUCGCCUUAAAAUCGGAACAGUGCUGCUGACCGCGCUCAUGAACACGGCAAAGAUUGGCGUACCGGACGAAAAAGGUGAAUUAUUGACGCUUCCAGCCUUUUAUCACGACUACAAAGAGGCUGGGUACGGAAUGCUGCACUGGCACGAUAGCAUUUACAGAUUCAUCAACACGGAGACGAUGACUCGCGCAGCGCUCGUACCGGUGCGACACUUUCCCAUGGUUAUCCCGCCGCGGUAUUGGGAGAGGUACAAUAAGGGAGGAUACUUGCGCGCUGAUAAUCUAUGCAUGCGAGGGAAGUACUCGAACGAAGGGCCGAGUCGAGCGCAAAUCGCGGCGUUGGAGGAGAAAGCGCGCGAGGCGGACGCAUCGGGGGAGCCCGUGCAAUACCAACCCGUGUUAGACGCUCUCAAUGCUUUGGGGCAAACCGCGUGGCAAAUCAAUACGGAUGUGUUACCGAUCGUGGAAGAAGUCUGGGCUCGAGGUGGUGGCGUGGCUGAGGUUCCGCUUCGCGCUGAGUUGCAACUCCCACGCUGGCCCGGCGGUGGACUUCCGGGCAAAGGUGAGGUUAUCGACUUUUUGCAAAGCGUGCGAAAGACGAAAAAGUCAAACAUGGAGCUCCACUCUCAGCGCUGCGACUUUCUCAUUAAAUUGCAAGUUGCGCGAGAGAUGAAAAACGAACCAAAUAUUUAUUUCCCGCACAAUUUGGAUUUUAGAGGGCGCGCGUACACGAUGCACGUGCACUUGAAUCACAUAGGAAGUGAUUUGUGUCGCGGUUUGCUUCGAUUUAACGAAAAGAAGCCGCUCGGCGAGCGCGGCCUGCGUUGGAUGCACAUCCAGUGCGCGACGCUGUUUGGUAACGGCGCCGACAAGCUUCCGAUGGAUGAGAGAGUGCAGUUCAUCAAAGAUCGCAUAGAAGACGUGCGAGCGUCGGCUCAAGACCCGCUCGCGAAGGAUGCGUGGUGGCAAGAAGCGGAAGAGCCCUGGCAGUGUUUGGCGACGUGCAUCGAGCUCGACAAAGCGCUCGAGCUCUCGGACCCGACGCAGUUCAUGAGUAAUUUACCCGUGCAUCAAGAUGGGUCGUGCAACGGGUUGCAACACUACGCCGCGCUCGGUCGCGACUUACACGGUGGUGAAGCCGUGAACUUGGUCCCCGCAGACAGAGGUGCGGACGUCUACACCGGCAUCGCGAAUGUGUUGAAGCGCAUCGUUGCUGAGGAUAUUAAACUCAUCGACAGCGAAGACGAGGAAGACGUUAACAACGCCAAGCUCGCGAUGUCACUCGCUCAGCACAUCGACCGUAAGCUUGUGAAGCAGACGGUGAUGACGUCCGUGUACGGCGUUACUUUCAUCGGGGCGCGAGCGCAAAUAUAUAGCCGUCUCCGUGAGCGCGAGGCGAUGGAGGACAACGAACUUCUUCGCUAUCGUGUGUCCAACUACGCCGCGAAAAGGACGCUCGACGCGUUGAAUAAUAUGUUUUCAAACGCCCGAGAUGUCAUGGGAUGGCUCACGACCUGCGCCACGAUCGCUACCUCAGCGGGCGAGCCCGUGCGUUGGACCACGCCUCUGGGAUUGCCCGUCGUGCAGCCGUAUCACAGUCAGCGAACCAAGCGCGUGCGGACGAUUUUGCAGUCAUUCUCGCUAAAAGUUCACGACGAACAACAGCCGGUUAUGAAAGUGAAGCAAAGGAGCGCGUUCCCGCCGAAUUAUAUUCACAGUAUCGACAGUUCUCAUAUGAUGAGGACGGCGAUCGCGUGCGUGGACGCCGGAUUGACGUUCGCCGGCGUUCACGAUUCCUUUUGGACGCACGCGACGGACGUGGACACCAUGAAUGUCAUCCUGCGUGAAAAGUUCAUCGAGGUUCACAAAGAGCCUCUUCUCGAAAAUCUUUAUCACGAGUUCCGCGCGAAUUACCCAGACGUCGCGGACGAGUUCCCUCAGCCGCCCGCACCUGGCGAUUUGGAUUUAGACGUCGUUCAGGACUCGGUGUACUUUUUCAGCUAG